CAUGAAAUUCCCUCUCUGCCGAUUCUACUCGCUACCCCAGUGCAAUGCUAAAGCUGCAACGUUAGCACGUUAUUUUUCCCAUUUCUAUAACCCUUGAGUGGGUCUUCCUGUCGUAUUUCUUUACUCUCUUUUCUUUUCCUUUCCUAAGCAAACUGCAGCGUAUUUACGGACAUGCCUAACAUCGUGCUUUUUAGCGGGAGCUCCCACCACGACCUGUCCCAAAAAGUGGCUGAUCGACUGGGACUAGAGCUGGGGAAAGUUAUAACGAAGAAAUUCAGCAAUCAGGAGACAUGUGUGGAGAUCGGGGAAAGCGUGCGCGGCGAGGACGUGUACAUCGUGCAGAGCGGUUGUGGCGAAAUCAACGACAACCUGAUGGAGCUGCUCAUCAUGAUCAACGCCUGCAAGAUUGCCUCCUCGUCCCGUGUGACCGCAGUCAUCCCCUGCUUCCCCUACGCCCGGCAGGACAAAAAGGACAAGAGCCGAGCACCCAUAUCAGCCAAGCUGGUGGCAAACAUGUUGUCCGUGGCCGGCGCCGACCACAUCAUCACGAUGGACCUCCACGCCUCACAGAUCCAGGGCUUUUUCGACAUCGCUGUAGACAACCUUUACGCAGAGCCCGCUGUCCUGCAGUGGAUCAGAGAAAAUAUUCCAGAGUGGAAGAAUUGCAUCAUAGUGUCCCCGGAUGCCGGCGGAGCCAAACGUGUGACGUCCAUCGCAGACCGUCUGAACGUGGACUUUGCGCUCAUCCACAAAGAGAGGAAGAAGGCCAACGAAGUGGACCGCAUGGUGCUGGUGGGGGACGUCAAGGACCGCGUGGCCAUCAUGGUGGACGACAUGGCCGACACCUGUGGCACCAUCUGCCACGCCGCCGACAAGCUGAUUGAUGCUGGCGCGGUCAAGGUUUACGCCAUCCUCACACACGGCAUCUUCUCCGGUCCCGCCAUCUCUCGCAUUAACAGCGCCCCGUUCGAGGCUGUGGUGGUGACCAACACCAUCCCGCAGGAGGAGAAGAUGAAGGCGUGCCCGAAAAUACAGGUCAUCGACAUCUCCAUGAUCCUGGCGGAGGCGAUCAGGAGAACCCACAACGGCGAGUCCGUGUCCUACCUCUUCAGCCACGUCCCCUUGUAAAGAAUGAGAGGGGGUGGCCCCCGGCCUUUCUCCCCCCCCCCCCCGAAGGUUUUUGGCCAACCUCAAUAUGACUGUUUAAAUGUCAUGGUCACACAUUGGUUGACAUUUUCACCCAGGAGACAGAGCGACACAACAUUUCCUUCUCUGAAGACCAUGUUUGUAUUUAUGGAUAUGUAUCUUUAUUUUUCAGUUUCAGUCUCGCCGACCUUGGUCACCCAAGGCCUGGCCUUCAUUUUAACCAAAGGCUCCAUUAUGUAACUAUGCUUUAUGUGUACCUCAUAUUGAGCUCUCAUUAAACGAAGCAUUCCACCGUCAUGCGAUGAGAAAUAUUUUGGCCCAUUCCGCUUCAUAAAGUAAU